AACCUUUUCCGGCCAAAACAAAUGGUUUGUUCUUCGUAACAGCUCGCGGACUCCACUUGCGCGCUGUCUAAUCGGUCUCAAAACCCUAAAAGUAAUCACUGGCGAUUUCCCUCGAUUGCCUGCCCGAGAAACCGUGUAUCCGGCGGCGCUCUACUGUAGGAGAGCUCCGCUUCGGUCGUGUGAUCAUCGGGGGAGGAGAUUAAGAUGUCGCUGCGGAUAAAGGCGGUGGUGGAGAAGUUCGUGAGGGAGCUGCAGGAGGCGCUGGAUGCGGACAUACAGGACCGCAUCAUGAAGGAGAGGGAGAUGCAGAGCUACAUCCAGGAGAGGGAGCGAGAGGUCGCCGAGAGGGAGGCCGCCUGGAAGGCCGAGCUCUCUCGCCGAGAGGCAGAGAUUGCACGGCAGGAGGCUCGGCUGAAGAUGGAGAGAGAAAAUCUAGAGAAGGAAAAGAGUGUUCUGACGGGCACUGCAUCAAAUCAAGAUAACCAAGAUGGUGCUCUUGAGAUCACCGUCAGUGGAGAAAAGUACCGUUGCCUCCGAUUCUCUAAGGCUAAGAAAUGACAGCAAGCGAUGAGGAACAUUAAAUUUGUAAAGCAUCAUGAUUAUAUAGGGUUAAAUUUAUUAUUUAGAACUAUAAAGGCUCGAAGAUCAUUUAACAUAUGCAAACAAUUCCCUUAGAAUGAAAUUAUCCACAGGAAACUCUGUAACCCAUUGUGUUGUAGGUACAAUGGCAUGGUUCCGGCGAGGGAGUGCUCAUCAGGCCUGGCAGAAUUCCAGGUUAAGGGAGUCUCACUGCUUUAGUUUUGUCUACCAUUUCAUGACCUUUCCUUGUGCAUGCCAAAACUGCAUGAGUUUUCUGAUAGUAGGAGUUAUUUUGUUUGUC